AUGGAGUUGAACUUAUUGCUUGUGAUAUUUUUCACGUUAUGCACAAACACUUUGACGGAACCGCUUCUGUCGAGGAGCACCUACAAAGGACUUAAGGGGGUUGUAUCCAGUGCAGAUAUAUCGACGAGUGGACUCAGACGAGCAGUUUAUUAUCAUGAUCAGGCAGUAGCUAUCCUCGAUGUCAAUGAGAAAAAGGAAAUUCAAAAUUGUAAUAUCAUUGAGGUUUAUGAACCAGAGGAACUAAUGGAAGUGUUGGCAAAUGUUUCCGAGAUAGCACGUCCCGUUGAGGUGUCAUUCAGCGACAUGACGGGUUUGAUGUAUCGAUGCCAAACAUUAGAUCGCAUGAAAGAUGAUAACUCCAAAGACGAGAAUCAAGCGAAGAGUUCUCUUGAUUCCACCAAUUUAUUUGGCAGCAAUGCCUUCUAUUUAUUGUUCGGGAUAGUACCAGGUACUAAAUGGUGUGGUACAGGAGAUAUAGCGCAAUAUUAUGGCGAUUUAGGAGUCAAUUCGGUCGUCGAUAGAUGCUGUAGAACCCAUGACCUGUGUCCUGUCAAAAUUCGUGCUUAUCAAACUCGAUACAACAUCACUAAUUUUUCAGCGUACAGCAAGUCUCAUUGCGACUGCGAUAACGCUUUCUACAAUUGUCUGAAGAGUGUUGGCACAAAAACAGCGAACAUCUUGGGAAAAAUAUAUUUCAAUGUCAUUAAGGUGGGAUGUGUAGAGGACUUGCCAAAGAGUGUGAAUUCAAAAUUAUUGUCUACCAACCAAGUGAGAAGAUUUGCGUCAACAAAAUUGUCUUUCUAAUCAAAUAGAAAUAAUACAUAGAAAUGAAUAUCUGUGUCGUCGGAACUAUCAUCCAAGAGUCGAUAAUUUUAUACGGAUUCCACGGCCAGAGAGAAAUCCAAAGAUUCCAGGUGAUUCUUCAACAAAUUACUCACUCGCAAGGACGAAUGAUUGUAAAGAUUACCUGUUGGAGGACAAACAAAAUUAAUAAGCAACAUACGUUCAUUAAUUACUGUUCAGUAGCGUACGAGAAUGUCUUGCAUUUCGCGUACUUUUAAUAAGAAAAAAUUGAACUGAUCAAACAAAAUUCAAUUUCACCAUCAGUUCAUGAGCAAAUAAAAUUAUUAUUCGAUUCCGUUCAAAA